CCCGCCCCGGAAGGAGGGUGGGCUUGACGGUCCUGCUGAGGAGCUCGGUGCGCCCUUACACAAGAUGGCGGCAGAAGGGACGAACGGGAUUCGUCUGAGUGCGUUGUGCCCCAAAUUCCUUCACACCAACUCCACCAGUCAUACCUGGCCGUUCAGCGCUGUGGCAGAACUUAUCGAUAAUGCCUAUGAUCCCGAUGUCAACGCCAAGCAAAUCUGGAUUGAUAAGUCUGUUUUUAAACAAGAGAUCUGUCUCACGUUUACAGACAAUGGGAAUGGGAUGAGUUUAGACAAAUUGCACAAGAUGCUGAGUUUUGGGUUCAGUGACAAGGUUGCUGUUCAUGGUCACGUGCCUGUCGGCCUGUAUGGAAAUGGGUUUAAGUCAGGAUCUAUGCGUUUAGGAAAGGACGCUAUAGUGUUCACCAAAAAUGACUCCGGAAUGCACGUGGGAAUGUUAUCUCAGACCUAUCUGGAGAAGAUUAACGCGGAGCACGUCAUGGUGCCAAUUAUCUCGUUUGACAAGCAAAAGCAUUUGGUGAAGACGCAGGACUCCGAUGCCAAUCUGAGAGCAAUCUUGACACACUCUCUCUUGAAAACUCAAAAUGAACUUUUGGCUGAGCUUGAUGCUAUUAAAGGCAAAAAAGGAACCAGGAUCAUUAUCUGGAACCUAAGAAGGGACAAGCGUGGCUGCACAGAAUUUGAUUUUGUUAUUGAUAAAUAUGACAUAAGGAUUCCUGAGGAGGUUGAUGGGUCUUCCAAGAAAGGCUAUAAGAAGCAAGACAGAGUGGACCAAGUUGCUCCGGACAGUGACUAUUCAUUACGUGCAUAUUGCAGCAUUCUCUAUCUGAAACCAAGGAUGCAGAUCGUAAUCAGAGGGGAAAAAGUUCAAACACAACUUGUUUCCAAAAGCCUCGCCCUCAUAGAAAAGGAUGUCUACAGACCCAAGUUUCUGGCUCCUAAAACUGUGAAGAUUACCUUCGGAUACAACUGCCGGAACAAAGAGCACUAUGGCAUAAUGAUGUAUCACAAGAACAGGCUCAUUAAGGCCUAUGUGCGAGUUGGCUGCCAGUUAAAGGCUAACAAUAUGGGAGUCGGUGUUGUCGGCAUUAUUGAAAGUAACUUUUUACAACCCACACAUAACAAACAGGACUUCGACUACACCAAUGAUUAUCGGCUGACACUAACUGCAUUAGGAGAGAAACUUAAUGACUACUGGCAGGAGAUGAAACUGAAUAAGAAUACCCUCACCGGGGAGGCUCUUCCUGUGGAAGAUGUUGAGAAGAAACCUGACCAGAACUGGGUCCAGUGUGACGUCUGUCUGAAGUGGAGGAAACUUCCAGAUGCUGUAGGCAAGCUACCAUCGAAGUGGUAUUGUCAGAUGAACGCCGACCCCGAGUUCCGAGACUGCAGUGUACCUGAAGAGCCCGAGGACGAUGAUGACAUCACACAUUCGACUUAUGAAAAGACACAUAAAAGGAGGAAAUCUGAAUUGCUCCAGCAGCUCAGCAAUAAGCCGACUAUUCUGUUCACUCCGCUCGGUAAAGAAAUAGCUGCAGCAGCCUCCCAGACCUUCCUGUCAGACAAAUCUCAGGGUGUUCUAAAUACGCAAUGCAAACGUCCAGGCGCUUUUGAAUCUUCUAUGACCCCUGCUAAAAAGCCUCACAUGACCAUAUCAGAGACUAUUGAGCUUCCAGAUGGUGAUGAUGAUGAAGAUGCAGCGGGCGACUUUGAUGUGAUUAUCAUUGAAGAGGACAGCACUCCCAAACCCAACGAUAAUCCCAAACCUCCAAACAGCACCGCCCCUGUGUUGAGCACAUCGGUUAUGACUGCAGCCACCACCCAGACUGACAGGGGGGUGACUAAUAUUAAACAGGAAGCCGACUCCAAUGGCUGUGCCAACUUUCAGGCGAGCCAGAAAGUGCCAAACCACAAGGAUUACAGCUAUUGUAAUGGUACCGCCACACAAAAUGAGCUUCUUCACCACGCAAACCACCAAAGCUCUGUACCUGCUGUAGACUUUGAAAAAGAUUAUUACCGCAAGUAUUGCGACGAGCUCAGCGAGAAGGUGAAACACCUAGAGGACCAGUUGGCUGUGGCAUUAGGCCAGCAAGUGAAGAAAGAGACUUCCCAAGCCUGUAUCCAGACCAACCCCGUACCAGAGCCCACACAAGACAAAUCGAGCAAGCAACUGGUGUCGCAGUACGAGCAGGCCCUAAAAGAGGUGCACAGGCUGAAAGGUCUGUGCAGCACACUACAGGCAAUUAAAUCCGAGCCGGGGGCUAGCCAGGUCAAUGAUGCCGAAGUAAACAACGCCAGCGAGGUAGACGAAAUGGCGAUCCAGCUCGAUGGAGUGUUCCGCCAGCUUGAAGCUUGCUGCAGUGAGCGGGAUCAGUACAAGUCUGAGGUGGAGCAGCUAAAGCAGCAGAAAUUGCAGCUGGAUUCUGAAAAUGGCAAACUUAAGACUCGAGUAGAACGGCAAAGGAAGGAGGCGCAGAACUCGGCCUCGGCCAGUACAUCAAGAGAUGAAAGCGCAAAGCUCCGGACGCUCAGAAUUAAUGUGGCCCAAUUACUCACCAUGCUGAUGCCGGAUCUGAAUUUAGAACAGAUGGACUAUGAUGUCGAUGUGAUUGAUGACAUUCUACAGCAAGUCUUGGAACAGGCAGAGAAACAAGUCAACGAGAAUGACUAACUUGUCUGCACAAUGGAGGAUUAC